AUGGCUCAACCUGUGCACUCGCUGGGGCCUACCUGUGCCUUUCACGACGAAGAGCCACACGAGGAAGCCGUCGAGGAUGGCCAAGCACCUCCCACUGUCGGAGCGCAGUUCUUCUACGUGUCCUUGCUACCCAUAGACGAUCCUCUGUCUCCUCUCCCACCUGCAUCUGCAGACAAGGCCACCGACCUACCGCCACAGCCAUUCUCGCCGCGAGACAAUGCUGCCUUGGAAGAAGCAUGGCAAGCCCUCCAGAGAAGCGGUGAAGACCUCGACGAGGAGGAGCGGGAAAGGAGGAGGAAUCUUGCUACAGGAGUCUUCUCUUUCCCAUUUUUAAGCCGAGCAAUGUCCAGGGCAACGGCCUCGGGAGCCUCUGGCAGCAAGACCAGUUCACGCGGCCGCACAAAACCGUCUGCAGAAGUGCCGGCCUCAAGCUCGGAUGUUAUGCUGGAACACACGCCUGUCGAUCCGCAGCGCAACGCCAGGCCAGUGGAUGCUGAAGAGCUGCGUGAAAGCUCCGAACCCCAGCUGCAACCAAGCAAAGAUCCAGGCAAGCACAGGAAGCACCGCUCACCGUUCCGCCACCGACACAAGGAAGGCAAGAAGAGCCGCGACUCUUCUCCGAAGCGGCCCAAGCUUGAUGAAGACGGUCUAUCCGGAGCUCAGCCAACGGCUGAUCCUGGAUCCAACAUUAGCGGUCGACCCUUUGCGCGAGCUCCCAGUGAACGCAAUAUCAGUUCUUCCCUGCCACAUGGAACUGGGUAUACCAACCCUGACAUUUCGGACGCAGAAUCUAGAAGUCGUUCUAGAAGCGCUGGACGUCAUGGCAAGGGCAAAGAGGACGAGGCCGAGAAGGCGUUUGUCCCUGUUGGGGUCUCCAAGCUACAUUUGGUCGAGCUGCCCGAACUCGUGAUGAAACCUAUAUACUGGUCCCCAAUCAACGAUACCUCGAAUGUCAUACGUGCCACAUGGUUCUACAAAGACACCAUGUUGCCGGUGCCCGCCGAAGUGGCCAACCGGUUGGAGGUGGGCUACGAGUACAUCAAACCGUUUGCACCCUCGUACCAGGAAGAAUUGCAGGCGUGUAUCGACAACGGUGCUGCUGCUGAGAUGAAGGUCGUACAUAAGUUGUGGCCCGAAGAUUCGAAGACCAGCAGACCUUCCACCAGCCUCGACAUGAAAGAGUCAGACCAGACCGAGCGGCCGAGGAGCCAGGAGCUGCCGGAGACGGUUCAGAACGCAGCGGCAGAUCCGCAAAAGGCCUGGACAAGGCGACUGUUUGCCACCCACAGCGUCAUCUACACCGAUGCUCGAAAUGCGCAGAUCUUGAAGCCUAACUUGCUACCAUCAAUAUCUCAGAAUCGUCGACCCCUGAGCUCCCUGCGCAAGGGAAGACAGAUAGGCGUUGCUGUUGUCCGUGGCUUCGAUCGCAAAGCCUGGUUGAAGAUCCAUCCUGACCCAAAGAUGGAUGCGAAAACUGCGCACGCCAAGGUUGGCGCGUAUAUGUCGCAGUCCGGGGACGCCACCACGCGAGGUCGACGGAUGUCUUGUGCAGCGUGUGGCCAAGCGAGUGCCGGGCCAAAGGUUAGUGACCUUGUCCUGGUCAUCCACGGCAUCGGCCAGAAGCUCUCGGAAAGGGUGGACAGUUUCCACUUCACUCACGCCAUCAAUAGCUUGAGGCGCGAGUUUAAUGUCGAGCUAGCCACGGAGGUGGUCAAGGGCAAUUUGAGGCAUGGGACGGGUAUUAUGGUUUUGCCGGUGAAUUGGAGACUGACCUUGUCCUUUGAUGAAGACAUCAAGACCACCUCGGAGGAAACGGAGAACAAAUUCGGGCUGAAGGACAUCACGCCGGACAGUCUUCCAGCGGUCCGAUCGGUCAUCAGCGACGUGAUGCUGGACAUUCCAUACUACAUGUCGCAUCACAAGGAGAAGAUGACUUCAGCAGUCAUCCGAGAAGCGAACAGGGUCUACCGACUAUGGUGUCGAAACAAUCCUGGGUUCGAAGACUAUGGCCGCGUCCACCUGGUCGCUCACUCACUGGGCUCCGUGAUGGCCAUGGAAAUACUCGGACAGCAGCCGACUCGGAUAGGGAAGGACAUCAAACUUGAUCCCAAAAGGCCGAGCCAGAAGUUUUUCGAAUUCGACACCACCAAUCUGUUCUCCUGUGGCAGCCCUUCCGGCUUCUUCCUGCUUCUCCAUAAUGCCAAUCUUGUCCCCCGGAAGGGUCGGGACAAACCUGGCAUGGAAGGCGAAGAUGGACAGCCAGGUAUUGCUAGCGAAGCCACGUACGGGUGUCUGGCCGUGGACAACAUCUACAACAUAGUCCACAGGAACGAUCCCAUCUCGUAUCUGCAAAACGCUUCCGUCGAUGAACUGUACGCCAGGUCUCUUCAACCCGCCAUCAUCCCCAGCGCCAGUGUCGGCUUCAUGACUCGCGUGGGCAGACAUUUGCACCUGGCGUCAAGUACUGCGGGUGACGCAUACGCGACGGCCGCGCCACCCGUACGUCCGGAGCUCCAGCAAAUGCCUAGUACCGUCGAGUUGGAAACGCACAACUUCUCGAGGGAGGAAAUUGCCGAGAAACGCAUGUAUCUGCUCAACGAGAACGGACAGAUCGAUUGGUUCCUAUCGGCAGGCGCUGGACCGUUGGAGUUUCAAUACUUGAACAUGCUCAGCGCGCAUAGCAGCUAUUGGUUACUGCAAGACUUUGUCAGGUUUCUGGUCGUAGAGAUCGGGAGGGGGCCGGGGAAGAGCCAUACAUUGCCGGCGUUGAGGGCUGUCAAGAAGAGGGAAUUCAAAAGGGGGGAUAUCCCGGGAUGA